AAGACAGACGCUUCACCCUGAGAGGAGGGCAGACAUUUUCAUCAUAGGGUCUCUGCUAACUCCAGCAUUUGGCAGAUGAAAUUCCACCAGACUGUUUAGAGACCUCCUGCUCCUACAGCAGCUAAACAUCUCAAUGGGCCAACCGCGGAGCAAGAGCACGGAGUGAUUCUGAAGAUGGCUAAGCAGCAGCUUCUCUUGCCAUGAGCCCUUCCAAUCUCCUCAUCAAACAGAUUGAGAUCAUGCUUCGUGCCCUGUACCUGUAGUAAGAAGGAGAACACAGGACACCUGGUCCAACAGGUCUUGUUUGCAAACAAAAUAAAACAAGAACCCCCAGCAGAAAGUAAAUUGCAUGAUAUGCCAUUUGUCUUCUUUUGAAGAAAAGAAGAGCUGAGUCAGCCCUCCUGACAGUUGACAACUCAGAGUUAUGAGGAAGAUUUAUGAGGCAUGGAAUAAUACCCUGUUUGGAAGACAGUAGAGCGCAUGCCAAGAUGCCAGAGUGCCACUGAGGCACACGGACUCGUGCGUCUCUAUUAAACUUCAAGGUUUGUCAGUAAUAUGAGGCCUUCGUUAGGUGAAAAGAAACUAGUGCCAAGAAGGCGUAUUCUUCCAUAUUUGGAAUAGACGCACUCUCAAGACAAUGGCUUCAAAGGUCUCCUGUUUGUACGUUUUGACAGUUGUGUGCUGGGCCAGCGCUCUCUGGUACUUGAGCAUAACCCGCCCCACUUCUUCCUACACUGGCUCCAAGCCAUUCAGCCACCUAACAGUCGCCAGGAAGAACUUCACCUUCGGCAACAUAAGAACUCGACCCAUAAACCCGCACUCUUUUGAAUUUCUUAUAAACGAGCCCAACAAAUGUGAGAAAAACAUUCCUUUCCUCGUUAUCCUCAUCAGCACCACCCACAAGGAAUUCGAUGCCCGCCAGGCAAUCCGAGAGACAUGGGGGGAUGAGAACAACUUCAAAGGGAUCAAGAUAGCCACUCUCUUCCUCCUGGGCAAGAACGCCGACCCUGUCCUGAACCAGAUGGUGGAGCAAGAGAGCCAGAUCUUCCACGACAUCAUCGUGGAGGACUUUAUUGACUCCUACCACAACCUGACCCUCAAGACGCUCAUGGGGAUGAGGUGGGUGGCCACUUUUUGUUCAAAAGCCAAGUACGUCAUGAAAACAGACAGUGACAUUUUUGUAAACAUGGACAACCUUAUUUAUAAAUUGCUGAAACCCUCCACCAAGCCAAGAAGAAGGUAUUUUACUGGCUAUGUCAUCAACGGAGGGCCAAUUCGGGACAUCCGCAGUAAGUGGUACAUGCCCAGGGAUUUGUACCCCGACAGUAACUACCCACCAUUCUGUUCGGGGACUGGCUAUAUCUUUUCAGCAGAUGUGGCUGAACUCAUUUACAAAACCUCACUCCACACAAGGCUGCUUCACCUUGAAGAUGUAUAUGUGGGACUGUGUCUUCGAAAGCUGGGCAUACACCCUUUCCAGAACAGUGGCUUCAAUCACUGGAAAAUGGCCUACAGUUUGUGUAGGUACCGCCGGGUCAUCACCGUGCAUCAGAUCUCCCCAGAGGAAAUGCACAGAAUCUGGAAUGACAUGUCAAGCAAGAAACAUCUCAGAUGUUAGGAUUUUUACCGAUGUAAAUACGUUUUCAUUUUUGUUUUUGUUUUUAAGAAAUGGGGCCUAAGGUGUUGGUGUUUUACAGGUGUCACCAGGGGAAAUAGACUGGUGAAGGGGUUUUGUAUAGUUUUUGCUUCCUGCUUCUAGUUCCUUUCUUGGAUUACCAAUUUACAAAUGUUAGGCUCUGGUCAUAGAAACAAUAAAUGAGUUAGAAGGGCCAGAUUUCAUUCUCAGGUCCCAAGGCGUUGCCAUUUAUCUCGAAAAGUGACUGCCAAGCAACUCCUAGGAUUUAUGUACUGUGCAUCUGAGAUAAAAAUUUGGUUAUGGGAAACCGAAACUCACAGUAAUGUCUUCAUAUCAUCUCUGCAAAAAUGAAUAAAUAAGUAAAUAACUCUUUUUCAAAAACAAUUCAGAAAUGAUGCACAGUCAGGAAGACACGCUAGAUGUGAUUAUUUAAUAUUGUGUGUGUUGUUACAUUAAAUUUUUACAUCUAUUGCCAUGUAAUAUGUACAGUAUUUUCAGUUCCACCAAGAAAUGAACUCAGUACUGGCAGGGAGGCUGCAGUUAAAUAGAUGGGGAUUUAAACUUGAGAAUCAAAUAUUCUGUAGGUUUAGAAAUCAACUCUGCUUGCUCAUCCAAGGAUUAAACCUGGUCAGCAGGUGGGAUGUAUAUAAAAUGCUACUUAACAAAGUAAACAAGAGAAUUUGUUCUUUUUCUUUUUUUUUUUCCUUUUUGCUCUUUCAGAACAAACAUUACAUGGUGCCUCCAAGGAGACUUUGCCAAAUGUAAUCUCACCUGCUUCCCUUCCUACAAUGUCACUAAGCGCAUUUCACAGUUUCUGGAUCUGGUAGGCACAGGAAUCCUAGUACAGAAAAUAAGUUGGUAGGAGGCCAGAGAAAAACAAAUCACAUUGAGAAAACAUAGAUUUAGGUAUGCGUUAUAAUUAACAAAAUCUUAGCAAUCAUAUUAGAUGCCCUCCCACACAUUUGCAAAGCACGUGAGAAAAUCUUUAAGGGUUACCAAUAUUAUUAAAAGAUUUGCCCCUACUGUUGACAGAUGUAAGACUCUCUAACACCCAAAAACAUCCAAGUACCUUUUCUCAGCAAUGCUGUUAUGAGGUGUUCUGGGGGCUCUGUGAUUGAGGUGGGGAAGCCUAGGUCCAAGUCCUGUUGAUGCCACCGUACUUUUGAGCCAUCUGAGCAGGCAUCUUAAUCUUGCUGUGCUUCAAUAUGCUCAUUUGUAAAAUGGCUGUAAAAAAAAAAAACACCUACCUCACAGGUGCUGUGAGAGCAAAUUGCAUAUGCUAAGUAUUUUGAGAUCCUUAGCUUACAAGGUGCUACGUAAUGCAGUGUAUCAUGCAUUAUGCUAAAUGCUAAAAUAAUUACAUAAUCACAAUGGUCAUCAGUAGUAGAAACGUCAUCUUAAUAUAAAAUCUGCCAAAAUAAAGAUCAACUACGAAUUAUUAGUGCACCUAAUUCUUCCAAGACUUUGGCUUUUCCUUGGCUAUAUGUUAGGUGUUUGGGAAAGCUUCGAUUUCUCUGCCAUUUCCUCUGGUUUCAAUGAAUAAGUCAUUAGUUCAGUGUAUUGCCUUGAUAUCCCAAGGUGCUGAAAGGGAAGGCAGCUGCCUUUCUUUGGGAAGGACCCUCUGGCUGGGGGUAUAUUACAGUAAGUGAAGCAUAUGCUUUGCAACGUGCAUCGCAGCAACUUAGAUCUCAGGAAACAUUUGAUCUGAAUUCUCUCUCUAAGAACUUUGAGGACAGGUCAAGCUAGUCCACCUCUAUCAGAAGAAGAAUAGGCACUCAGCAAACCCACACAUUGUUCAUCUUCUACCAUUCUUAGAAAACUCCUGUUUGUUCUCAAAGAAAGCCCCACAGCUAAAAGGGUAUACCAUUUUAUUUAUUUAUUUAUUUAUGUAUUUUUUUAACCUGACCCCUUGGAAGUUGACAGCAAACAGGUAGACAUAAUGAACAAAAUGAAGUCAUCGCCUAUUUCUUGAAAACACUGGAUGUCUUAUUCCCAGCCCCAAAGAAUCUGAGAUAAUUCUUCCCAUUCCUUAAUACAUCUUCAUCUCAUGGUCAGCAAGACUGCUGAUUUUGAUUAGAAAACAGCAUCAGGUAGCCUGGAGAGAGAUGGAUCAGCACAAGGUGAGUCACCUGCCCACCCCGCAGCCUUAGCGGCUGUGGGUUCCAAACACUGGAAAAGUCUCACAAAUUCAUCCUUGGUUCACCUUCCAGUCGUGCAGCCGAAUGAAGCCUCUGUCUCAUACUACUUCCUUGCAUCUACCCCAUGCUCGGUCCAGCCACCUUUGUUGUCAAGGAAUUGCACAUGAUAAACACUAUACAUGUACAUCUACGAAUUGUCUUAUAUGUGUGUGUAUACACUAUGAAUAGAGUCCUAAUCUUUAAAAGGAACAAAAAUCAGAGGAUCGUAUGUCUUAAAGAACUAUUUCCUAACGUUUUUAUGCUAGGUAGUUCCCAUGUGACAAACAUGUAAAUAUUCGUCAAAGACCACAUGUAUAUAUUUUAAAGGCAUUUUUUCUUCUCCCCAACUGUACGUAUAGCUAGAAACUGCUUGCUAUGUAACAUUUUCUUCUGCAUGGAGCUUGGUGAAGCAAGGCCAUUUGUCCAGUGUUUCAAUAGCCUUAAGCAUGUUUGCCUUUUGUUUUUUGUUUUUUGGGUUUUUUUUUGAAUGUUCAAAAAAUGUUUCAGUGAGCAAGAAAAAUCUCUUUCUACUUUUGUUAAUUUUCUGACCUGACAGUGGCCAAAUUAUUGUUUCAAUUAUUUGUUAAGCCACUCUUAUCAUUUCUCUGACAUAAAAUAACAGUGUUCUACCCAGAGUCAUUCAGACAAUUUUUACAAAAACUCUCUACCUUGCCACCUAUUUGUUCCUUAUGCACUGGAAAGUAUCAGUAGUCAACCUCUGUGUUCUUAAAGUUUCUUUUUAAAAUUUAUCUUUGGGGAAAAAAUGUUUUAUCUUUGGGGAAAAAAGUUUUAUCUUUGGUGGCUAGUUUGCGUGGCUUUGUGUCUUCUUACAUUGGAGCAAAUGUCAGUUUCAACAUGUAAUAUUGUACUGUUAAAUAGCCAGAAUCAAAAAAUGAAGAUAAUUUUCGAUUUGGAUUAAAUUCUGAAGAACAAAAGCCCUCUGUGUGAUAUGAUAUGGGGAAAAUAAACUCUUUACAGAGAAGCCAAGGAAGGAGUUUUUCAGUCAAAUCUCUUCUAUCAAAAGACAAUGAAAUAUUUACCUAAAGUAUCUGAGAUUCAUUUUUUAUCUUUCCUAAUAUGUGGGUUUAGUGGGGGAAUUGAUUGUCAUUUCUUCUGUAAAGGUGAAGAUAGUUUUUAUAAGCAACAGAGUAAGUUGUGAAUGAAAGAAGUAAUUUACUAGAAACGCUUGUUGAUGAUAAUUGACAUUUAGGUAUAAGGUUAUAUAUGAAUGAUUGUAUUUAUGUAUUUAUUUGUCAAAAUUGUACAUACUGUUUCGCCAAAAGUAAUUGUCUGUAAAAGUGCACUCUCCAGGUUUGUAGUACUAUUUAGGGUUACAUGGGUUGCCAGUCAAGCUGCUAAUCAGAAUACUAUUUUUUGUAUCAAUGUUAUAAGACUAAAAAUGGCAAAUAGAUGCUGAAGAUGUUAUUACAUUCAGUUUCUUCACCUUCCUCUUGAAAUGUAAACUGUUGAUCUGAAGCACGAUACUAAUGUACAGGCCCAUCUGUCAUGAGGAAGAUAUGGCUCCAUAAAGCUGACUUUUUUAAACCAUUGGGACAAAUAAACAGAAGGAGAACAUA